UCACUAUUCUCAAAGCGAAAGCUCAAACCUCUCGGAGACACUAGAGAGAGAGAGCAAGUCGGAGAAGUAUCGCGUUCCGGCGACUUCUCACCUUAGAGAGAUUGCGGCGAAAUGGUGGCGCAUAACUCGCCGGACUGGCUUCCCUCCGGCUGGACCGUCCAAUUCAAAGUGCAAAAAACCGGUCGUAAAAUUAGGUUUUACACAAAUUUGCAAACUGGACAGAAGUUCUUUUCCAAAGAUGAUGUUAUCCACUAUUUAAAAGUUAGCAGUGAAGGUACAAAGCAUCUGCCAAGUGAUAGGCACAUUAAAAGGCAAUCUAGAAACAAUUCUAAACCACUUGCACAAGAAACAAAUGAACGUCCUGAAUGGUUACCUAAAGGUUGGACUGUGGUGGUAAAAGUUCGAAACAGUGGUUCACGGAUUGGAUCAAAGUAUAAGUGUUACAUCGAUCCGUUGAAUGGAUAUAGAUUCUAUUCCAAGCCACAGGUGUUUCAAUAUCUCAAAACAGUAAAGUGUGGUAGCUGGACAUUCAAAAAGAGUAAAACCGAUGUUGACAUGCCUUUGGCUGUGGUUGAGAAACAAAUGGUGGAGGAUUUACCGGCAGGGUGGACAAAGGAAAUCAAGAUUAGGCAGAAUGCAUAUGGAAUUAGAAGGGACCCGUUUUACAAGGAUCCAGAAAAUGGAUAUUUGUUCCGCUCCAAAAAGGAUGCUUUGCGCUAUUUGGAAACCGGAGAGAUUAGUAGAUAUACAUUUAAACCAAAGGAAAGUUGCAUCAACAAUGAAGAAUUGAUUAACAGUGAAAUCUCAGUAAGUCUGCACCUUGCUUGGUGCUUCAGAUAAUGAGUUCUAUGUUGUGCUGUUUUCAGCUAUAUCAUUCGCUUUGUCUUCCUCGUUUUAUUGUGGUCACUAAACAUGCGAAAAAACCAAAAUUUUGGGCUUAUGGGAUUUAUG